GAGGAUGGGAAGCACCAGAUUCCUCCAGCCUGUCCAAGCGCCUGAAGUUUCCUCAGCCGUGCUGCCCGGACUGCGAGGGUCUGCUGAAAGAUGAGGGCCUGGAUUUUUUUCCUUAUUUGCCUGGCAGGCAAAGCCCUGUCAGCUCCGCAGGAGGCUCUGCCUGAUGAGACAGAGGUCAUUGAAGAUCCUACCACAGAGGAGCCUGUGGGGGCUAAUCCUGUCCAGGUGGAGGUGGGAGAGUUUGAGGAACCCACAGAGGAUGUAGAGGAGAUUGUUGCAGAGAACCCCUGCCAGAACCACCACUGCAAGCACGGCAAGGUGUGCGAGGUGGAUGACAACAACCAACCCAUGUGUGUGUGCCAGGACCCCUCCAGCUGCCCAGCCACUGCUGGUGUCUUCGAGAAGGUCUGUGGCACUGACAACAAGACCUACGACUCCUCCUGCCAUUUCUUUGCCACCAAGUGCACCUUGGAGGGAACCAAGAAGGGACACAAGCUGCACCUGGACUACAUUGGGCCUUGCAAAUUCAUCCCUGCCUGCCUGGACACAGAGCUGACUGAGUUCCCCCUGCGCAUGCGGGACUGGCUCAAGAACGUGCUGAUCACCCUGUACGAGCGUGAUGAGGACAACAACCUGCUGACUGAGAAGCAGAAGCUCAAGGUGAAGAAAAUCCAUGAGAACGAGAAGCGCCUGGAGGCCGGUGACCACACCGUGGAGCUGCUGGCCCGUGACUUUGAGAAGAACUACAACAUGUACAUCUUCCCCGUGCACUGGCAGUUUGGGCAGCUGGACCAGCACCCCAUCGAUGGGUACCUGUCCCACACUGAGCUGGCCCCGCUCCGUGCCCCCCUCAUCCCCAUGGAGCACUGCACCACCCGCUUCUUCGAGGCUUGCGACCUGGACAACGACAAGUACAUCGCCCUGGAGGAGUGGGCCAGCUGCUUCGGCAUUAAGGAGCAGGACAUAGACAAGGAUCUUGUGAUCUAAACGCCCCGGCUUCCUGCUCUGCUGCCAACUUUGUCUUGUUUUAACCUUCCCACUUCCUUUGGUUUUUAAACUGCUUUUGUUUUGUUUUGUUUUUCCCUGGGAACAAGGUGCUAAUAUAGAUCUAAACAUAUGUAGUAAUGGUGCUAAGAGAAAUAACAGUCCUCAUUCAUAGCCUUAUCUAUUACCACUAGAUUACUCACUCAGCUGUUUCCACACGCUCUUACCAGCCUUUUCUCUCUCCGACGUGCCUGUACCAUUGACGGACUGUUCCUGUCCCAAAUAUCCUGUCUCGGUAUCCACUCUCGGAUCAACUUCUCUUUAACUUCUCACUAACAGCAUGUUCCAGGUCAGUGCAGAUGCAAAGCCCUCUCAACUGAUUCACUGCCCCAGUUACAGAUGCCUGUGAGGGAAGGCAGAGCCAGAGGAUGUAGGAGGAUUGGGUUCUCAAGCAGAGCAGCUGCAGGUGACAUUGUGGCCACCCAGCUCAUGGUAGGGAGGAUGGAGAAGGGUGAGAAGGAUAAAGAGUGGCAGGAUUUUGUUUUCCUUUUUUUUUUUUUUUUUGACAUUCCCAGGGCUUGAAUUUAGUAAUUAUUGGGCACAAAUAAGAAAAAAAAAAAAAAAGGCUAAUCGAAUUAGCAAAUACGGAAGCGCACAAAAUUUAAAACAAGACGAUAAAAUGCAUCCCAUCUUGUAAAAUCCCCUCAAAAAAUAAAGGUUUGAAAGUGCUACAUGCUUUACCAUCACUCAAUGACCACACUGCUGUUGUGUUUUCUGUGCGAGAUGGGGCGUGACUGCCUGUUCCCCCAGGUUGCCCGUGUCUGACCUUGAUGUGAUUCUGCUGUAGCUGAAAUAAAGCUCUUGGCUCUCCCCAAAUCACAGUGCCCUCAAGCACUUCCCGCCUCUCUGCCUUGGUUGUGCUUAAAUUCCAGCCCUGCUCCCCCAGGGAAGCUGUGUCAGUCUUGGAAGGGAUGUUUCUGCCCAGAAAGAGGUGUGUUUGCCACACGUUCAAGGGAAAGGCUGUAAUAUUUUUUUCCUGUUGUGGAUUUAAGGGAUGAGUGAGGUAGAAGGGAGAAGGUAUUUGGAUUUUGCUUAAUAGAAAGGAUCCUGACAGGACCAAAGGGAUGGUUAAAUCUCAAAGGCUGAGAACUCCUUUUUUUUACCUCUGAAUGUUCCCUGUGCCUUAUUAAGUUCCUGCCACAGUGUGAGCAACCUGAUGAGUCUCCAUAAUAAAAAAUACUGAUUUAAAACACUGAUAAGUAAA